CAUUAACCUGUCGUCGUCGUCGUCGUCACACUCGGACAACAUUAACAGGCGGUUUCUGUCACUCGGUGAGCCUGACAGCACGACCUGUCAGCACCACGCCUCUCUUCAUUAUUUCGUUGGUGCCUCUGCAACUCAAACCACGGGCCAGGCAUAGCUGCAGCCGUGAAGCUGCUGAGCAGGUGGAGUCAGUCUCAAAAGAAAAAGGCUCAGGAGAAAGACGACGCCAGGUAGACCGACCGACGGUGACCGUCUCAUGUUCACAUGCGUCGGAGGAGGAGGCGAGUGACGGUGACCAAUCAGCUGCCGUGAUGACGCUGUUCGUGUUCCUCAGCAUCAGCACCGCACCCUCCCACAGUGCAGCAGCAUCAGGACCGGCAGCAGCAUGAUGCGGGUCGCCCUGCUGGUUUUGGCUCUCACGACAGUCUGCGAUGGCAUCAUCCCCGAGAUAGUGUACCCCGGCGUCAGUCACAUCCUGGAGGAUAAUUCAGCCCCGGGACCAACGGAGCUGGGCCGCACGUUCGUGGAGGUGGAGCAGCUGCCCGACGUCGCGUCUCACCCAGGGGAUGAGGAGAGUGCCAGCCUUCAUCCCAACAACCUUCCUCCAGGCCAUCGCAACGAAACCGCUCCUGAUAAAGUGAUUGAUAACCAAUCUGUCCACACACCAGUAGACCAGGAGACCAACAACAUUAGCACCACGACUGCCCAAUACAGUGACCUGGGAAACAAUAUUGAUCAUGGAUGCAUCACAGAUGAGGUCUGUGGGAAGGGAAGGUAUUGUCUUAAUGCCAUGCACAACUCUAAGUGUAUGCCUUGCAAAGCAAUAGAUGUGUCGUGUACUAGAGACGAGGAGUGCUGUGAUGAGCAGCUGUGUGUUUGGGGCCAGUGCAGUCCAAAUGCAACAAAAGGAGAAGCUGGCAGCACUUGUCAGUACCAGACUGACUGCAGCACAGACCUCUGCUGUGCUUUCCAUAAAGCCUUGCUCUUCCCCGUCUGCUCGGCGAAGCCCAUUGAGCGCGAGCGCUGCUUCGGUGCCUCCAACCACCUGGUAGAGAUGAUGUCCUGGGACAUUCAGGACAAGGGGCCCAGGAAGCAUUGCCCCUGUGCGGGAGAUCUCCACUGUCAUCACCUGGGGAGAGGGUCCAUGUGUCUGAAAGGAGACAACUCGAGUGAAGAGGACCUGACGGACACGCUGUACUCAGAAAUAGACUAUAUCAUCUAGAAACAGCUAAAUUUGCUCCACGUUGCCGUGGAGUCAGCUACACUGGGGUCUCCAUCGACUCCAGAGCUUCUAAGAGAUAUAGCACUUCCUGUUUCCCAGCUCAAUCCAAAGUAAUAAAGCUAUAGAGCAUGGAAAAUGAUUGAAAAUGUAUUUAUUUUAUCCUUCAAGGUUUCUGAAAAUAAAGAUAUAAAAGUCACUAACAAAAACAGAAAAGAUAAUAUUUGCAAAGUACUGUGUCCAGUGACCCUAAGCACCAGAUUUCUGAUUAUUUACCACAACUCUACUUUUCAUUGUAACUUGAAUCAUAGCCAUAAACAUAUUAACACAGCACUGAAUAAAACUGUAUACAAUGAAUAUCUGGAGACUACUCACCUCAGUUUCUUAUUAAUCUGUUAAAGGAAUGUAUCAACCUUUUACCUGCACUCUUUCUCUCGUUAUUCUUCUGUAAAUAUCUUUGCUGCUUGAUCCUUGUCGAGCUGACCUGCUGCAAAGAAACACAAUCAUGUUGCGUUUUCUUACCCGGAGAUAUUGUAUGUUUUUGCCAAGACCAAAGCCAGAGAGACAUUAAAUCUUGUAUGUAAUAAAGGGAACACGGUCAUAAAAUGC